AGUAAUGAUAUGGUCAUGGGUUAUAUUCCUGAAAAAUGCACCAACUGAUACAAUGUAUAUCUUAAAUGAUCUGUAGGUCAGUUCUAAAAUAUGCAAUCAGACACUUUCAAUGGAAGCCCAAAGUCUAACAGGACUGCUAUUUAUCCCUUCAAAAUGAAAGGUCUUUCCGAGCAAGUGACAGAAUGAAGUGUGCAUUGACAUUUGCAUGUCAUCAUUAUGAAUGUGUGCAGAUGAUCGGUAUUCAAAGGCUUGCAGAGCUCUGACACACUUGAUAUCUGACCUGAACCCAGCAAAGAAAGCACACCUGAUACUCUGCACCCGCGGAGGCAUAUUGGAGAAAAUGGGCAACAAAAACACUAAAAUGAAAGUGUUAAACAGGAGCAGCAGGAAUGUGCGAGCCUUUAUAAGCAAAGAGAAGCUGGAUGUUGAAGCCUUCAUUACAAAAUACACCGGCCAAGAUGCGGACUUCCUGGACAUCCUGCUUCCAAAUUCUAUAAUGAAGUUCUGCUUUCGACUUGACGUCCCAAGCUACCGUAUCCUAGUUUCUGAAAACGGUGAGCUUCCUUGGGAAGAGAACCAGUAUAUUUCACUGUUUAUUGAGGAUGAGGAUGAUAAGGAAGUCUGUAUUAAGCAUAUCUGUCUCUGCAUGCCUUUACCUUCUGUAACAUCUGUUUUAAUAUAUGAUAUAUGAUCAGUUACAGACUAUGUCUGUUUAUCAAUGCCUACAGAAUGUGACAUAUGUCCUCCUUUGUUGUAUUCCGCCAUUUUGUUUUCUUGGGUAAAUGCAUCUGUAUUUGUUCCUUUUCAAAAUGAGUAAAUAAAUAUAUCUGAACAAUGUAGAUCUUUGUGUUUUGAAAGCAGAAAGAACAUUUCAUGACCAUGAAAACACGCCAUGAGACUUUUGGCAGACUCAGUUUUGUGGUUUGAGAAGAUGGAAAUCUCUCUAAUUUGAUAAGUGAGUAAAUGGCCAGUGGUAUUUGAAUGAAGCAAGCACACUGUCAUUCCCUUACAUGAGUCAUUUCAUGAAAAUGUGAGUACAGUAAGUGACUGGCAGAUGAAGGUAAAACAUUGUACUUUCAUUAUAACCUAAAUUACGGUCAUCUCCAUCUGAAUUCGUAAGGUCAGUUCAUGGAUAAUGCCAGUCAUUUUAGUUCAUGUCCCCUGUCCAGCGUGAAGAAAACGUGCCAUUUAGAUAAAGGUUGAGUAAGAUAAGCAACUCUUACUGGCAUUUUAAAACACAUAUCAUGUCAUAUUUGCAUUCUAUCUGCUCUCACGAUAGCUUGUGUGAAAGAACAUCCAGCGUGACAAAAAUUCUGAAGACACGCUUCAUCACAGAGUGACACUACAGCCUUUGUGGUGCUCACAUGUUAAUAUGACACAGCAAAAAAGGAAAUUUGCAAUAUGUAACAUCAGUGGUAGUGGUAUUUGCCAUUUACUAGCAUAGCUGGGGGUUAGUACCUGAAACAAUGGUAAAAGUCAAAUUCAUUGUGGGUGCAAGAAAGCCUGGGUUAUAUAGGUCUAAGCUCCAGAAAUCAGAUAAGCCUGUAUAAAAUGGUUCAUAUAACAUUUUCUUUCCUCAAAUAAUAUAUUACAAAGGCUUAACACCCAUUGAAGCUCCAGCCACUCCACUAUAGUUAUGUAGACACUUGAUACAAACAGAACUAUUCAAAUUUUUUUUUUUUUAGCUGUCUAGGAGAAUGAGUUAAUAGCAUGACCAUGACUUGCAUAACAUCUCUCCAAAAUAUGGGGUUGGACUCAUAAAAGAAAGUCACAAAGAGAAACAGAGGAGAAAAUGUCAGUUGAAUGCCUGGAACAAAAAAGCAAGAUGCGUUUGCCUGUGUCCUUCUAUGUGGUGAGCGUGUGGCUCGGGUUUUUGUGUGUGAUAUUUGUGUGUUUGUGGAGUGGGACCUGGAGAGGAGGAUUUGCUUGGGACGGUUCUUUUCUGCAGUUUAACUGGCACCCGGUCUUAAUGGUGACGAGUCUCGUGGUGCUAUAUGGAAAUGCCAUAGUCCUGUACCGUGUUCCUCUCACCUGGAGCAGGUGGUGGUGUAAGGUGGCCCAUGCAGGGCUGUUGUUCGUGGCCGGGGUGUUGUCUGUGGUAGGCGUGUGUGCUGCCUUUGAUUUUCACAGUGCCAACAACAUCCCUCAUUUGUAUUCAUUGCACAGCUGGACUGGGAUCUCCACAGUGGCCCUAUUCACUUUGCAGUGGUUUGGGGGUCUUUGUGCAUUCUUGUUGCCCUGGACCCCUUUGGCUUUUAGAGCCCGUCUGAAACCUCUCCACAUCUGGAUGGGCAUGGCCAUCUUCAUCCUGAGUCUCAUCACCAGCCUGUCUGGAAUCAAUGAGAAACUACUGCUGACGCUAAACGGGAGAAAUGGAAGCAAUACAGAACCAUAUUCCUCGCUGCCUGCUGAAGCUCUGUUUGCAAACUCAUUAGGUAUUUUAGUAGUUAUUUUUGGAUUGGUAGUGCUGAAAAUUCUGACCAAUCAGAAAUGGAAGAAUCCAGAGUUUGAGAAUGAAACUGACAGGCCUUUGCUGACAGAAGAUGCCAGAUGAAGACUGGAGUAAACAAGAUAAAGGAAGAAACGUUUCACGUUUUGAUUACUCUGUGGCAGCUGUUUGGUUUUAUGCCUUGUCCAUCUACACAUUCAAAACAUCUGAAAGUCAGUUGAUUGACAUGUAACCGUGUGACCUCUUGUGGUUAGCAAGAAAAUUGCAAGAAAAAAAAUCAAUAAAUGUACUAUAUAUUGCGUCUUUAACAUUACAAUUUUAUCUGUUUGUUUUAGUUUUUUGAAUUGUAGUUGUAAAGUUGUUAUAAUUGUAAAAUUGUAGUCCUUGAGAAAAGUGGAGAUGCCGGGGAUUGAACCCGGGGCCUCAUACAUGCAAAGCAUGCGCUCUACCACUGAGCUACAUCCCCUUAUGAAUCUACAGAGUGUACAUUCCUAUGAGAGCUUUGUAGAAAUGCAUUCAUGACAUUAUAUUUGUUUUUUUAAUUACUUACAAAAUGUGAAAUUACAACUUUGGAAAAACAUUUUCUCUUAUACGUUAGCUAAAUUCUUAAAAACCUCCGUAGCCUUCUUCUAAUAAUUCGUUAAAAUAAAAUUAAUGAAUUCUGAAUUUUAUGAAACAGUACAGGAGUGCAGUAAUUUAGAUAAAAUAUUUAAAGUGUCUGGCUGCCUUAAAUAUUUGAAG